AUGGCGGCGCUGCAGGCGGAGCGCGGGUACGGUCUGUCCUGCGGCCGCCUCGGCCGCGGCACCCGCGUCUCCGUCUUCCACGUCAAGCUCACGGAGAGCGCACUGCGCGCCUUCGAGAGCUACCAAGCCUGUAAGGAUGCUGUGACAUCCAAGCCAGUAAUCCAGUUCCAAGGAAGUCAAGGGCACAUCGCCAUCCCGAGGCCUGACCGACCCUCGGAAGUGAGGACCUUCACCUUCUACCUGUCCAACAUCGGCAAGGACAGCCCCCAGGGCAGCUUUGACUGCAUCCAGCAGUAUGUCUCUAGCAAUGGCAACAUCCACUUGGACUGCCUGGGGAGCAUCCAGGACAAGAUCACGGUGUGUGCCACAGACGACUCGUACCAGAAGGCGAGGCAGAGCAUGGCGCAGGCCGAGGAGGAGACGCGCAGCCGCAGCGCCAUUGUCAUCAAGCCCGGCGGCAGAUACCUGGGCAAGAAGGUUCAGGUGCGGAAGCCUGCCCCAGGAGCCUCCGAGGCAGUGCCCUCCAGGAAGCGCCCGACGCCAGUCAACCUUGCCAGUGCAAUAAAGAGAGGCAACAGUGCCAUAUCCCAGAGACCCUUCAAGGACAGGGUUGUGCACUUACUGGCACUAAAGCCUUACAAGAAACCUGAACUUAUUCUCAGAUUGCAGAAGGAUGGACUUUCUCAGCAGGACAAGGAUUUGCUGGACAGUCUUCUGCAGCAGGUGGCAAAUCUGAGUGCCAAGGACAGCACUUUCACACUGAAGGAUUGUGUCUACAAGGAGGUGCAGAAGGACUGGCCUGGCUACUCAGAAGGGGACCAGCAGCUGCUGAAGAGGAUCCUGGUCCGGAAGCUCUGCCAGCCCCAGAACAGCAGCGGAUUUCAAGGAGAAGCUCCUUCCCUGAGCCCACCAAAAGACAACGUGAUCUCCAGCUCUCCUCCUCAGAAACGAUCCCAACCUCUGGAGUUUAUCGAUCCCUUGGCCAACAAAAAGCCCAGGAUCUCACAUCUGGCUCACAGAACUCCACCCACGUUCAACGGGAAGCUGAACUCCUCCAACGGGAAGGAUGCUGCUGCCCCGGCAUUGCCGCCGCCGCCGCUCCCGGAGUCCGUUGGCUCCAGCUCCAGCCUGCCGGUGCUGGAGCUGCCCAGGCCUCACGAUCCCCUUUCGGAUGUCAGCAAUGACCUGACUCACAACGGCAGAGACUGUGAGACCCCGGAGGCUGCUGACAGACUGACUCAUCCCCUGCCAACAGACUGUCCCCAGACGAGCAAACACAACUGCAGCUUGUACCUCAAAAGCAAGAAAAAGUCCAAAAAGCACAAAGACAAAGAGAAGGAGAAGAAGGAGAAGAAAAAUGAAGAGAAGUGCAAAGAGGAGAAGCAGGACUGUGAAGUAAUAAAAAAUGCUGACUUACUUAGUGUUCCCCAGGAGCAGGUCACAGGUGUAAAUGGAACAUGCAAUAACCCUAGUGUCCAAACAGCAGCUUCAGAAACACCAGAUUAUUUAUUGAAGUACGCAGCCAUCUCCUCCUCGGAGCAGCGGCAGAGCUACAAGAACGACUUCAACGCAGAGUACAGCGAAUACCGCGACCUGCACGCACGCAUCGAGCGCGUCACGCGGCGCUUCACACAGCUGGACGCGCAGCUGCGCCAGCUGCUGCAGGGCUCCGACGAGUACAAGACCAUCCAUGAUCAAAUUUUACAGGAAUACCGGAAAAUUAAAAAGACUAACCCCAACUACAGCCAAGAGAAGAAUCGCUGUGAAUACCUCCACAACAAACUGGCCCACAUCAAAAAACUGAUAGCAGAGUAUGACCAGCAGCAGUUCUAGCUGGCACUGCCCCAGCCUGGGGAGGGCAAAGCA